CCGGGAAUUGAGCCCAAGUUGGCCGUGUGCAAGGCAAACACCCUACCCGCUGUGUUAUCACUCCAGCCCCUGUGGAACAAUUUUCUAAUGCAGAUAAUUGAAUUGCUUUAAGAAGAUGUUGAAAUUGAAGACAGAUAACAUUGCAGUAGGAGAAAAUGUAAACAGGCACCUCCAAAAAGAUUUAAGUGCAAGAGAAAGCAUAAAAGAAACACUAAGAAGCAAAGUAAGGGAAAAGCUGAAAAAUGCUAAGAGUAAUCUCGGUGAAAAGUCUUCAACUGAACUGCCUACUGAUAAGAAAAAAUAUCAGUGGCCUAAGACUGAAGUCUCACAGGACGCAGGCCUUUCCUUUUUCAUUCUGACUGGUGAAGAAGGCUCAGCUUUGGACCAGUCUUCAGAACAGGUUGGAUCAAUAAGUAAGAGUUACUUCAAACAUUAUUUACUUAGUAAAAAUUUACAAAACUUUUGUCAGGUCCGAGAUGAAAAUCUUAUGGAAGAAGUCAAUUUUCCAGAGUUAUGUGAGGUAAAAGCUGCUGAAUAUAAACACAUAACAAAGCAAGAGGCAGUUAUUUUUGAGCCAAGUAGUUCUCCAGUGGUUAGUCAGCUUAAACUGCCAAAAAAUAUGGCACCCCGUAUUUUAGAAGAUGAAGGAUUCUAUAUUCGGAGGAAGCCAAAAGUACAUAAGAAGACAAGCAACAAAAUGGAAAAUCGCCUGCUUCAGUCACAAGAGGGAAAGUAUUGGUUUGAAGAAAGUGGAGAAAUAAUGUCACUGCCUUCACCUAUUAGGCAGUCAUGGAAAUUCAAACUAAACAAAAACAAGGACAAGGAAUCUUUAAAUCCAGCCCUAAAAACCAAAUAUAGAAAGGCAGUGAAGUCAGAUCUAGAAAGCUCUGUUAGGAACAAAAUGGAAGGUCAAAGGGAAAGGUACCAAUUAAAUCUCAACAUUGUGGGUUUGCAAUUCAGUCAUCAUUCUCUCUUCAAUCAAGAACAAGUAUUAUGUGCUAGACUGCUUCAACUUUAUGAAUGUUUUCAGGACAGGCAAAAACAGAAUUUACCUCAGCUGCUUUAUGAGAAGCUUAAAGCACUGGAGGAUACUACAAAAUUAGCAAAUGCAAAUUUGGAAAUAAAUCAUCUGAAAUUAUUACAAGAUUACAAUUGGCAGAUAAGUAACACAAAGCAGCUCUAUGACUUAGAAAAGGAAAAGGAUCUCUCCUUAUUACAUAAUAUAUUACGGACUUGGAAACAAAUAAAAUCCCUUAGACAACAACAAGGGUUUACAAGUACCCCAGUAAAGGUACAGUUCCAGAGGAUGGAAAUGAAUACAUAUGAUGAACAAAAACAAGGAGAAAUGUCACAGAUGUCUAAGAAUGAAAACAAAACUGAAAAAAAAACACUUACAAAUAUCAAAAACCAGGAGAACCCCUCAUCUGUAACUUCAGACCUUGAAGAAACAAAUGUUGAAAGAAUAAAAUCAAUGACCUUGAUUCCACAACUUUCUUUUACUGCUGAGUUAACAAACUUAUCCAAGUGUUCAAUGUAUGAACAAAAGAGAAGAGCCAGUAUUCAGAAGCUUAAAUAUUUUAUUAAAAUACUAUAUAAUGAUAAGCAAGUUUCUUGUACUUCAGUAUCGCCCCUACAGUUUGAUUUUAAAGUCAUGUUUCAGCAAAUUUUCAAUAUUCAGUUACUAUAUUGGCCUGAAACAAUUUGCUUGGAGGUUUAUGAAGUAAGCAAAAGGAAAAGCUUAUUGGCAAAACUAUAUAUACCCUUACCUAGCAGCACAGAGCUUAAAAGCAAAACUAUUUUGGAACAUAUUGAGUUUAGUUCUGAUAAACUGGUCACACCUGCAUAUGGAGGAGUAGGAAGCAAUGUGCCCUUUAUUAUUGAGGGAAAUAAAAUGGAAGAACUUUGUCUUUUAACAUCGGGAAAACUAAGCUAUUCUCUUUCAUGGAACUUAGAUGAAAAUGGAAUCCCACUGACACCUGUAUCACAGUCAUUGAGAUCUGCAUACUGCAGUGUCUUGAAGAAUGUAGAUGCCAGAGGUGUUCCUGGAAUUCCAUGGCUCAUCAAUACACAGAAACUUUUUGAAUGGGCAAAUGAAGUCAGAAUUGACCCCAAUAAUCCAGAAUAUUCGGAUCUAAUGGAAAUUAUUUUGUACAUGAAACAUAAGGGGCAGGAUACUCCAAAGUAUUUUCGGCUUGAACAGUUGCAAGAUGAAUUUGACUUUGUUUCUGGAGAGCAAAUGAAAAAAAGUAAACGUUUCCAGUUAUUGCAACUUAGAAGUUCUGGUCAGUUAGACAUUUUUCUUCAACAGAUUCCCCUCUAUGAUAGCGAGAUUCCAGAUUUAGUUUUCCAGGAAUGUGAGAGUUGGACAGAGAAGGAAAUAUCCAUCUCAGAUGUAAAUAUUAUUACCGCACAAAGAAUUGAUUCUGCCAAUUUUCUAAAAGAGAUGAGAAGGUUGGUAAUGAAGAAAAUAAUCAAAGUUAAGAAAUUUAAGUUAUCAGAUAUUGUGACUGAUUAUGAAGAAAUUAUAUCUGCAAGCCAGUUGACACAUGCUGUUUAUAAGCUUGUUGAACAAAGAAGAAAGUUAAAGCCUCAAAGAAAGGAAAGGAAGAAAGUGGGAGCGCAGGCUCUCUGUGAUGGAGAUGUUAAGAUUCUUGUCAGAAUACUGAGGGCUUAUAAUAUUCCUGCCAGGAAAGUAACCAUAAAUAGAGCCUUGGAUAUGCCCACUUACUCUGGAUCACCCAUGCCUUGCCUCAGACAUAAACAAGCAAUCAAGUCAGUAGCCUCAGAUGACAACUUGAAUGAUGACACCGUACGUCCUUUUGUAGAAGUUUCCUUUCAACACACUGUAUAUGAAACCAGUAUUGCAAGUGGAUCUUAUCCAUGCUGGAAUGAAGAAAUUAAAGCAAAUUUUAUUUCACCGGGACAUAAUUAUAGUUUCUCAAGCCUAUCUAAAAUAAAAGAUAAUAUAUAUAUCAACAUUUUUGAUGAGAUGAUUAUUGAAAAGCAUGAGGAUCGCUGUCUCAAGAGCUGCAAUCGUCACUCAUAUGUAAGAAAGAAUUGGCUCGGAUCUAUUGUCUUCCCUUUCUCCGCUCUUCUGCAACAAUCUGAGAUUAAUGGAACAUUUAAAGUAAAUAUCCCUCCAGUUUUAUUUGGGUACGCUUGGAGUAAGACUUCUGUGUCUCCUAAAGAUUUUAAUGGGCAGAAUUUAAAAGAAUCUACAUUUUUAAAUAUUUUUGCUACUAUUGAACCUCAAAUAUCCUAUGUCACUUGUAAUCCAGAACUAGACAAGUUUUCAGAUCAAAUAGAUGUUUUGCAGAGAGCAUGGACCUUUAAAAAAAGCUGCAAAGCACUAUUUCCUAACCGAAGAAUCAUAACUACUGUUUUUAAUGAGGAAGGGAUACAGAUAUUAGUAACAAGAUAUAUCAAGGCAUUAAAUCCACCUCAGCAAUUUCUGGAUAUAUUUCUUCGUGAUUCUAAUUCACCAUUUGACCCCCUUGCUCGAUUUGUAUCUUUGAUUCCUCUCACACCUGACACACUGGAUGAAAAUAAUGGUUUUGAUAUAUGGCUGACAUCUGAGCGCUGCAUCAGUUUGACUAUUGGAAAUAAGGAAGAACAUGCCAUACUUCUCUGUAAUUUUUUUCUGUAUUUUGGGAAAAAAGCUUUGGUUCUUCUGGGAACUUCAGUAUUGGAAGGACAUGUAGCAUAUGUAUUAACUCAAGAAACAGAUGAAUUCUUGCUUUGGAAUCCUUUAACUGGGCAAUGCCAUAAGCAGUGUGACCCAUUUUGCCCUUUACAACGUGUAGACUGUUUGUUUGAUGAUGGGAAUGUCUGGUUUAAUGUCCAACAGAAUAACACACCAAUGGCUGUACAUUUUGACUAUUCAAAGGAAAGAUUCUGGAAACAAUUGUUCCCAAAAAAUAUUCAAGGAAUAAAAGCCCAAAGUAUACAGCCUGAAGAAAUCGUUUAUUUUGAUACUGAUGAAAGUAUGGUGGAAGAUCUAAAGAACAGAAUUGAAAGGACCCUAAAGUGUAAAAUGAUGGAAUGGCGAUCUAAACAGCCAACACGUUGGAAUAGACAGUGCACUUUUGUUUUGCGACAAAUCCUUCCUAAACUAGAACAUGUCACCGGAAGUUUGGCUUCAUCUCAAGAAGAAAGUGAAUUGGAAAAGCUUCUAUCAUUUUAUUGGGUUUCAGGAUUUCCUAUCCAGAUGCCAUACACUGAUAUCCAGUCAGUUGUUGAUGCUGUGUAUCAAACAGGAAUUCACUCUUCUGAAUUUCCCCAGGUGGAAUUUGCUCUUGCAGUGUAUAUUCACCCAUACCCAAGCAACAUAUUAUCUGUGUGGGCCUAUUUGGCUUCCUUAAUUCGCUAUCAGUAAAAAGAAGAUGGAAAAAAGAGAAGAAACAACCAGAAUCUGUCUGGUAAUUUGAUAUUUUGCUAAUACUCCUCAAGUCCAGUCAAGUAUGAGCCUAACUUUUAGUUCACCUUUUGAGUUAUGCACCUUGGAGCCUCACUUUCUGAGCCUUAGUCUGAGUCUUUAAAGACGAACCUUUACUCUUCAAGUUUGGCAGUAGGUUUUUAUUUUGGCAAAGAAGUAACCCCAGCCUAUCCUGCUCGAGCCAGUGUUAUUUAGAGAGUGGGCUUUAUACCACCGCCAACAAAAUCACCUCAAGUCUUGUUGAAAACAGAGAUUUCCAAUACCUACAACACCUCUGGGAAUGGAGCACCAGAACCUACAUUAUUUUAAACAAACCCCAGGUAACUCUGGUGACCAGCUAUGAGAGAGAACUCUGCAUUACAGAAUGUUGUUCUUACAUAUGUAAUUACAUAAAAUAAGGUUGUAUAUUUGAUGCUGGUUCUUUUUCAAUUGCAGAUAGAAGCUGCUCAAAUAGAAAUCUAAUGUCAUUGCCUCUUAUAAGAAAAUAAAUUGUUCAGUGACUAAAAAUAAAAAAAUCUUUCAUUGGGGUUGACGGCUGUGAUCCACUUUUUGAGACUUCUCAGCAGUUUUUACUUGACAUGCUACUGACCUAAGUUCAAGUAUUUGGAAGGGACUCCCAAAAUUCUAAUAUGCUCCCCUGAUUUUGUAAGAAAGGGAUUAAAGGGGUUUGCCAAAUCUC